UCUGGGAGUGUCGACGAUGUCUCAUUCCAAGAUACCGGUUUUAGUCGAGAAAUAACAGAAAAUAAUACACUGUUCUCAAAUUCAACAGAACUCUCCGCUAACUGCAGUGGCAAGAUGAUUCACUUCCUGUUGCUCUUCAGCCGACAGGGGAAGUUGCGUCUGCAGAAGUGGUUCACCCCGCUCCCGGAGCGAGAGAAGAAGAAGGUGAUCAGGGACAUGACCCUGAUGGUGCUGGCCCGCCCACCACGCUCUUGCAACUUCCUGCAAUGGAGGGACCUCAAGAUCGUCUACAAGAGGUACGCCAGUCUUUAUUUCUGCUGUGGUCUGGAGGACCAGGACAAUGAGCUGCUGACCCUGGAGGUGCUACAUCGAUACGUGGAGCUUCUGGAUAAAUAUUUUGGCAAUGUGUGUGAGUUGGAUAUCAUAUUUAACUUUGAAAAGGCCUACUUCAUCCUGGAUGAGUUCCUAAUGGGAGGCGAGAUCCUGGAAACCUCCAAAAAAGCUGUAGGGACCUCCAUAGAGGAAGCAGACUCCCAACAGGAGACAAUGGAGGAAUACAUGAGUAAGCCUACAUACUGACAUACAAGAACAUUUAAGACAUAUCGAGAUUGAGAAUUGAGAAUACUUUGACACAGGUGUUUUUACGAUUUGUUUCUACAAAAAUUUGACUUUGAAUUUACAUUUGUAUCUGUUAGAUUAUUUGUAUCAAGCAAGUGUGUGUUACUUUCACAGAAUUACUGUGCGGGGGAAAAUGUGUUGCGAGAAUUGUAAUAGGAGAUAUCUCUGUUAUAUUCUUCUGUUGUGUGCGAUACCUGUGAAAAGUUGAUUAUCUUAGUGACAUGUUUGUCUUUCACGUUUAAUUCGAUUACUGCCUCUGCAUUCACUACAUUUGUGAAAUGUCUUAGGGUUGAUAACUUACCUUUUCAAAUGCUUUUAUUAAAAAUUAUUUUACUUCUUAGUGUCCUCUGAAUACUAUAGGUUUAAUAAAAUAAUAUCAGUGUAAAUACUGUCACACUGAUGUUUUUGCUUUAGUUUGUCUCCACCUGUUGUUGAUAAAGGGAAUCCAUGAAUGUGGGGCCUGGGGCUAAAACACCAGUAGAUGGUACUUCUUUAUAUAUCCAAGGGCAAAUUGUGGCAUUGCAGCAGGUAAAAGAUGAAAUAGGAAUAGGCAAUACAAUACAAUACAGAUUACCGAUACUAUAAUGCUAAUAUGCAAAACAAAAUAGCCUAUAUAAGUAUUCUAGCCUAGUAUAUAUAGCCUAUAAUAGUUUUUUGUUUUCACUUUUCCAAUUGUUAACUGGAUUGUCCAACAGGUCCAUAUUAAGAAUACAAUCUGCUCAUUUCCAUAAUAAAUUCCAACUUGGUUUGUGUUCUCUAAAAAAGGAAACAUUACGCAGUAAGGAAAAAAUAAAGUCAAU